AAUGUUUAUUAACUUGCUAUUAUCUAGUUAUUAUGCUGCCUUUUAAUGAGAAUAAGAAUUAUUUAUGCUGACUUUUUAUGAUUUGUUGUAGUUUAGGUAUAUGUUUGUUGUGUAAUUGUGUUAUUAAUUUAUUAUGAAUUUAUGAUUGAUUGAUUUCUGAAGAUAUAUGUUGUGAUGGUAUGAUUUCUGAUGUAUUUUUGAUGUCUUUUUCUAGUGUAUAUAACAGUUUCCAAUAAUGACAUCCAAAAAUUCGACUUCACCAUCAGUGGGAUCAACCGCGAGUGGUGCUCAUCAACGGAACUCAGAUGACAUUGGUUGGGAAUAUGGGUUUUGCCCAGAUAAAAACAAAAUUGAUACAGUGAAAUGUAACUUGUGUGGAAAAGUGUUUACCGGGGGGGGGGGGGUUACUAGAUUGAAACAACAUAUUGGUCAUGUGUCAGGAAUAUAAGUCGAUGUCCAAACUCUACAAAAGAUGAUCAAUUGAGAAUGCGGAAUUUUAUUAACGAAGGGAAGAUAAAAAAGAAAACUAAAAUCGAACAUGAUAAGGCCUUAAGAUCGGAGGCAAUACAAGUGUUAAAUGAUAGUGUUGAAAUGGAUGAAAUAGAAGAUUCCUUAAAGUCGAAAGCACCAAGUUAUAUAGGCCCCAUGGAUGGCUAUGCAAACAAAAUAAACCCUGAAAUUAUGAAGGGAAAGGGAAAAAAAAGUUUAUCUUAACGAUGUUGUUCGGAAAGAAAGAAUUUUUAGCGUGUCAUAAAUUCAUUAGUAGGUGGGCAUAUAAAAAUGCAAUUCCUUUUCAUGCACUGGAAGAUGAUAGCUUCAAGAUGAUGUUGGAGGUUGUUGGCCAAUUUGGAACACGGCUCCCACCUCCUACCAGAUAUUCAUUGAGUGACCGGCUUCUAAAGCUUGAGGUUGAAAGAACAAAAAGUUUGUUGAAAAGAAACGAAGAAGAAUGGAAAGAGAUUGGAUGCUCGAUCAUGACAGAUGCUUGGUCUGAUAGAAAGAGAAGAAGCAUUAUGAAUUUAUGUGUAAAUUCAAGAAUGGGUAUCGUUUUUAUAUCAUCAAAAGAAUGUUCCAAUGAAUCACAUACAAGUCAGUACAUAUAUGAUUAUGUGGAAUCUUGCAUUCAACAAGUUGGUCCCGGUGAUGUUGUUCAAGUUGUGACCGAUAAUGUCACGAAUAACAUGGGAGCUGCAAAGUUACUACAAGAGAAAAGACCAACUAUUUUUUGGACAUCAUGUGCGACACACACAAUUAACCUUAUGCUCGAAGGUAUUGGUGGACUUCCAAGGUUUAAGAAAGUCUUAGACCAAGCAAAGAAAUUAACCAUCUUCAUUUAUGCUCACCACAAAACCUUGGCUAUGAUGAGAAACCACACCAAGAAAAGGGAAAUUAUCUGA